AUGUCCGGUUUUAGGCUGCGCUGGUCUGACCUAACGAAAGAGGGGUGGCGUUCGAGGCUGCCGACGGGCCUCUCGAACAGCUACACGUACCUCAAGCCUGGAAAGACUAAGAAAGACGUGCGAGGUGUGGAUUAUUUCGUGGGCGAAGAGGAACUGAUGAAGUAUUUGGACCGGAAGCGGCAAAGGACUCUCAAUCAGAUGUUAGCAGUGCUGCAAAACUGCAUGCGCAUCAACACCAGACGAAAAUCAUCCCCUGGUUGUGAAACUACAGUCGCUAGGGAAGGAGAUAAAACCACUGCUACUAGUGGGCUUUCCACAGCAGUUGACACCAACCUGGACGGUGCGCCAUACGACGACCAAGCCGCAUCUUACGGAGAGUCUGUGUCUCCUACUCUGCGGUAUGAGUCUCCUCACGUGACUCACCGAGAGUCACAAUCGCCAGUUGUUUCUUCAGGUUCGAAUUUCUCCCCGUCACCUCGCCGCAACCUAAGAGAAGAAUUUGACAAUGAAGAAAACGAAACUCGUGGGGAAGUAGACGGCAGCAGAAACGAAGUGCCGAGUAACGAGGAAAUUGAACUUCGUCGUCUAGCGAUAACUGCGGCUGAUAACUCAGAUGUCAAUGUCUAUCAAGAUAUAGACAACCCCGAUGACUUUACCGCAAUGGUGUCCGAUGCUGAGAACGACGAUGGCGCCUCUGGUGAUGAAGAGUGCGUGGAGGAAGAAACCAAUUCACUCGACGGAAGCGACGACAACGAAGAGGACGCAAUUGAAGAUGCAGUGUUCAACAAGGAUUUCCUUGAAGCUGCUGGUGGUAUUGCUGGAAUUACCAGAAGCACAGUAAACGCCACCGUCCUGAAGGACAUGUCAUUGAAUGGCUGGACGGAUCCAGUAUCAUUCGCGCCCUAUCCAUACUUAGACCAACCGUAUGAGGCUCGCAGCAGUGAUUCUAUCAGUACCGAUUUUCCAAAUCUCUAUCGAGGUGACUAUGGACCGUCGACUCGAGCACUCGAAGCAGCUUCAACAGUAAUAGGGAGUUUCUUCUAUUUCGUUCAACCACAGUUGUGGAACAGUAUUACUGAGGCGUCCAAUGAUUAUUUCCUGGAGAAGAUUGAUGAACGAGUGGAGGGGCAGUACCAGAAGCAGCUAGUACGCGAAAGAAAACAGCCGCGGUAUCGAAAGAAUACACGGGAGGAUAUAAAGACAUCUCUUUUGGGAACACCGGACAUAUCAGCUCGAGAGCUAUGCGUUUUUAUCGGUCUUUUGAUUGCUCGAACGAUAGCGCCCAACAAGGAAAAGUUGGAGCAUCACUGGAGAACUACAGACGAUGGUGCAAUUCCGCGCGGCCGCUUCGGACUCUACAUGACAAGAGACCGCUUCAUGCAUAUCUCGCGGAACCUGCACUUCAGCAACAACGCAGAACAUCGGGCCGUAAGUGACCGAGCAUGGAAACUCCGCCCUGUGAUAGAUGCACUCCAAGAACGUUUCAAAUCUGGAUACAGGCCGCCGCCCGUAAUGGCCUUUGAUGAGGCAAUGCUACCAUCGAGGUCUUCUUUUAACCGCAUGCGGGUUUACAUGAAAGACAAACCCCACAAGUGGGGUACUAAGCUUUUCAUGCUGUGUUGCUCUUCUUCAGCUUACUGCAUCCGGUACGUGCGAAUUUACUGUGGGAAAACCCAAACCGGGGUGAGCACUGCUGGGACUGACGCGAAGUCAGGGCCAGCCGCUGUCGUUCGAAACCUGAAAGAGGUGUUUGGAUGUAGUGGAUCGAGAGAAAAGCGAUUGAUUGUUACAGAUCGAUUCUACACGUCCCCCACGCUUGCCAUGCAGCUUCUGACGCUCGGGUUCUAUACUAUUGGUACUGUUAUGACCAACCGACAGGGGUUUUGCAAGGCUAUCGUGGAAAAAAAGAAAAAGAGACCCUCUGAUGUGCUGAGGGGCACGUACACAGUUGCAUACUCGACGAUAGUACCAGGCAUCAAGGCUGACCGAGUAGUGCGGCGAGAGAAAUCGGGAGUACGGGCAGAGAUCGCAUGUCCAAGAAUCCUGAAGGACUAUCAGACUUUCAUGGGCGGCGGGAUGUGCAUGAUCAACUCCGCCUUCAAAGGUACUCACUACAACUGGCAUUGA